AUGAACUGUCACAGGAGGAAACGCCGCUCCACACCUUUGACUUCCUCCACACCAGCCCCACAAGCAACAGAGAAAAGCUCUUAUUUGCAGACCACGGAGCUCUCACUCUGGACCGUGGUGGCCGCCAUUCAGGCCGUGGAGAAAAAGAUGGAGUCCCAGGCUGCCCGGCUACAGAGCCUGGAGGGGCGGACGGGGACAGCCGAGAAGAAGCUGGCCGACUGCGAGAAGACGGCCGUGGAGUUCGGGAACCAGCUGGAGGGCAAGUGGGCCGUGCUGGGGACCCUGCUGCAGGAGUACGGGCUGCUGCAGAGGCGGCUGGAGAACAUGGAGAACCUGCUGAGAAACAGCAACUUCUGGGUCCUGAGGCUGCCCCCGGGCAGCAAUGGAGAGGUUCCCAAGGUAUCCAGGUCAUUUGAAAAUGAUGGAGUCUGUUUCUCAGAGCAGGAGUGGGAAAAUCUGGAGGACUGGCAGAAGGAGCUCUACAGAAAUGUGAUGAAGAGCAACUAUGAGACUCUGGUCUCUCUGAUUUUGGUCUUCUCUUUCUCGGCAGCCGAAGGGGUUAUGAUCAAGCAGGAGAUCCAGUACGCUCAGGAAGGCUCUGCAGAUCUUCCUGGAGAGUUCUCAGGCAUUGCUGAAGAGCAGGCUUUCCUGAGCCCAGAGCAUACUGAACUCUGGGAUGGUCAGGGUGGUUCUGUCCUCUUGGAUUCAGGCCCCGGGGACACUAAUCUGGAGGAUCCCAUUGAGGGCAGUAGAGACCCUAGCAGCGGCAGAAUUCUGAGCUGCCCCCCAAAGCAGAAACCUAGUAGGCAGGUGCAGCUGGGUCAGGAAUGUGGGCAGGGCCUAAAGCUGAAAAGGGACACUUCUGGCCCAUAUGGAUGUUCCGAGUGCGAGAUCAGCUUCCACUAUAAGCAGCAGCUAGCUACACAUCUGCAGACCCACUCAGGGUGGGGGACUUACACAGCCUCGGAGCCAGAGGAGAGCCUUAGACCCAGGCCACAACUUAAGCCCCAGUCCAAGAGGGCAAAGAUGCAUCAGUGUGAUGUGUGCAUGAGGAGCUUCAGCUGCAGGGUGAGCCUGGUAACCCACCAGCGCUGCCACUUGCAGGAGGGGCCCAGUGCUGGCCACUGUGUCCAGGAGAGGUUCUCGCCCAACAGCCUGGUUGCUCUGCCUGGCCACAUCCCUUGGAGGAAAAGCCGGAGUUCCCUCAUCUGUGGUUACUGUGGCAAGAGCUUCAGCCAUCCAUCUGAUCUGGUGCGGCACCAGCGCAUCCACACGGGUGAACGGCCCUACAGCUGCUCAGAGUGUGAGAAGAGCUUUGUCCAGAAGCAGCACCUUCUGCAGCACCAGAAGAUCCACCAGCGGGAGCGGGGCCUGGCCCUGGAGCCUGGAAGGCCCAAUGGCCUGCUUUAAGGGUGCCAGCCCCUUGUCCGUCUUGGUGGGGGGCAGAAGGGGCUGGCAUUGGUCCCCCCGAAGAGACACUGUGCAGAGUCAGGGACUGACUUCUUCCUGAGGAGAGUCACUUAGAUUUGCCUUCCCUUGGCCAAGCACCAGGCCAAGCCCAGAGGCUGUGAAAACUAUGGAAGAGGAGGAGUCCGGGGCCACUCCUCUCCCUGCUGUCUCUACCCUGCUGUGGAGCUUGUUGUUUCUGGCACCUUCAAGUCUCUGGUUUUCCCAUCAGGGCUGAUAUUCAUGGGCUGGGGUUGGCUCUCUGACCCUGCAGGGACUGGUGGCUGGUUCCAGGUCCUGUCCCAGCAUUUCAGGUCUUCCCAUGAGGUUGGGUUGGGCCAGGGGAGCGAGCAGGUAUGUGGAAGAGUUCUGGGACUCCUAACCUGGUCUUUCCUCUUCUUUUGUAGUCUCUUUGUUAAAAACAAGUCGAAGAAAUAAUUUAAAUGACUGCUUACCCUGUUUCGAGGAAACUUUUUUGGAAUUAGAUUUUAGUUGACUUAAAAAAUUACAGUCUGACACUUGUUUUUUUUAAAUUUCCAGCAUUGUAGAAGUUGUUCCUAACAUGGGGACUGGGCCUACCCUCUACGAGGGAUUUGUUUAUGGGGCUCUUUUAGCCCAUCCACACUUAGUUAGGUCAGAGAUCGGGGGCAGAUUGCUGAGCUCCUCCUUGUGGGGGUCCUUGCUCACAUGGGGCUAACUGAGUCCAGAGGAGCAAGAGGAAGGGAGUGGGAAGACCUCAAAACCCCUGCUGAGAACGAAGAAUGCUGUGUCGGAGCCGAGAGCGUGUUGCUGCUGCUUGGGAAUCCAGAUUUCUCACCAUAAUCCUCUUCUUCUUCCAACGUGGUCCUCGCUGGGUUCUGCCGCCGCCCAGGGUAGAAGACUGCUUUGUUACUUAUGGUUGUCUGACUUGUUCCAGUGGGUAUUGGAGUUUGUUCUUAUUACACCAGUUGUUUCUUGAGAUUGUGUAGAUUACACAUUUUUCAAAUUAGUUCUGGGAUUGACUGUUCCAGAGGGGAUGGAGAAAAAGCACAAAAAUGCUUUGUUUCUCAGGAGUGUUGAAUGCCUGCCCCACUGUUGUUUGGGGAGAUGGGAGUGGGCUCCUGGGUCCUAUGUGAAUGUCCCCUUUGAUGAUUUACAGUUGCUUAGAAUAAAACUUGCUACUAGCAAAAAAA